AUGGCCACACUGCCUCUCCUUAAACCGGGAGAAAAUUUGGACUUGUGGCUUUCCCGAGCCAAGGUUCAUCUGCCCUCCGUGGCAGCAAAAGAUCUCUUCGCUGCAUUCCCGGGCUGCCCAUUUGUCGAGGCGGACGCAGUUCUGGCCGCGCAUUGCUGCGCUGGUAUUCCGGACGACCACCUACGGCGAAAGUUGAUCAAGAAGCAAGCCCUGGCCUCGGAUCAACUUUUGUCUCUGGUCCAGGACUACGAGGGCCGUUAUGGCCCAUCGCUAACCACACCUUGCUUCGCAACAUCACUCCUCCAGCGCAAAGAGACUCGCUCGGCAGCGAUUCGGUCAGUGGCAACGCAGACCUAUCGCAAUUUCACCCGCCCACCCCGGGGAAGUCGGGCUCCGGUAUCCAAAAUUUGA